AUGAAACUCACAUCCUUGAGCUAUCUGCUCACAAUACUCUCAAUAUGCCCUUCUCUCGUCUCUGCAGAAGACAGAUCUCCAGAGCGAGUAUGCUACGACACAUGCUACACGUGCCUUAAACCAGUGCACUUCGAUGAUAUGCUCAACGGAACCAACUGGCUCACCAAAACAUGCUACAGCCCCAAGGCGAUCCUCUCACUAUAUCUCUGUCUUGAUGAGUAUUGUACGCCUGGGGCUAGAGAAGCGGGAUUGACGCCGUUGAAUAAAACGUGUGAGGAGAAGGCGCAUAUUAUUCUUCCGCCAUUUAGUAUCGUUGAUAAUGAGGAUAGAGAGAAGGUUCAUCGGUUGAAGAGGAAUGAGACUGAGGGAGAGAAGACGUUUGGAGAGGUUGUUAUUCCUUCUGAGGAGUGGUUUGGUAUUUGGUGGGAUACUUUGGAUUCUGUGGCAUAUACAUAUACAAAACACGACGUAUACGGUCGUGCCAUGAUAUACUUCUGGAUCGUCGUCAUCGCAAUCGGCGUCUUGAACCACGCCAUCCAACAAAUCAGCAACUCACAAAUCAUCCGCAACCAUUCUUCAAAAUCAGGCGGUCAACUCUGGAACUUUUAUACCUCGACUGUCAAUCGAUGGAUCGUUCCAGCGACCUUUGGAGACCGAUGUGCUCAGAAAGUCGGAUGGGGAACAGUUCCACCGAGGAUACAAUCUCUAACGCUCUUUGCUUUUCUUAUUCUCAACAUUGCGUUGAGUAUUCAUGGAUAUAGGAUUGUGCCGAUAAACAUGUAUUUCCCAUCUACAGCAAAACAAAUCCUCCGGUAUUCCUCAGACCGAACAGGCAUAAUCUCAUUCGCCAACUUUCCUCUUAUCUGGCUUUUCGGAAUGAGGAACAAUCUACUUAUGUGGCUAACCGGCUGGGAUUUUGGAACGUAUAACAACUUUCAUCGCUGGGUAGCGAGGAUUGCUACUGCUCAAGCGAUUAUUCACUCGAUCGGUUAUUCAAUCUUGGUUUACGUUGAGGGUGGUUGGGAGCAGUAUGUCUUUUGGUGGUCGUACAUGUUCUGGUGGGUUGGUGAAAUAGCAACCAUCGUCAUGUCCCUCCUUGUCGGAGCAUCCUUCUACUGGAUCCGGCGCCAACAAUAUGAACUAUUCUUAGUAGUUCACAUCAUAAUGUCAAUAAUCCUCCUAAUCACAAUGCUAGCCCAUGUUUCCAUCUUCCAAGGCGAAUACGACGUCUUCUUCUGGGUCCCCUGCUUCAUCUGGGUAGCAGACCGCGUCAUACGUGCUUUACGCAUCGCAGCAUUUAAUCCCAAGUUAUGGGAUACCUGGGCCACGUCUAUCUACCAUCCUACUUCGAACAUCGUCCGUCUCCUGAUUCCUUGGUCAACAAGUCUCUACAAACCAGCCCCGGGAACGUUCUAUUACAUCCAUGUUCUCAACGGUCCAAGAUGCUGGGAGAGCCAUCCUUUCACCGUUGCGUCUGUCACAAACGAGGGACAGCGUGGAGCAAAGAUGAUUGGAGAGCAAGUUCCUCUUCUUGAGAAUGCUCCUGAAGGAAGUCCAGAGGAAGUUUCUGAUUCUCGGACGAUGACUUUCCUGAUUCGUCCUUAUGAUGGGUUUACUUCACGGCUUAGAGAUACUGCUUCUGCGGCUUGGCCAAAGAACGUUCCUCAGAGAGUCCUUGUCGAUGGACCUUACGGACAUACUCAACCACUGCAUCUCUUCGACAAUGUUCUUUUCGUAGUAGGAGGAAGUGGAAUUGUUGUUCCACUAUCAUAUCUCAACGUUUUAACAACACAUCCCGCUCCACGAACGGUUAAAAUCCAUUGGGCAGUUCGUGAACCAGCCUUUGCACUAGACGUCUUGAAGACAGACAUAGCAGACGCACUGGGCAGCACAAACCUGAGUAUAGAGAUUCAUCUUACUACACAUACACCUCAAGAUGAACUUCAGGAGUGGCCGGCGCAGGUUGUACUCAGGAAGGGAAGGAUAGAUGCGGCCAAGGUAGUUAGUAGUGUGAGUGAGAGGGUCGAGGGAGCGAGUUUGGCGGUUGUUGCGUGUGGACCUGCGCAGAUGGCUGAUGAUGCUAGAAAGACGGUACAUGGACUGUUAAAGACAGGUAUUAGAGGGGUUGAGUAUUUUGAAGAGAGCUUUCAGUGGUGA